CCAUCUUCAUUCCUUUCAAGAGCCUCCAAUAAUGUAUCCAAUUUCUCGAGAACACUGUCCAAUCGAGUCUCAACGCCAUUCGCCAUACCAUCUGCACUAUCCAACUGGGCUAAAAGCUCAGCUAGGUCGCUGCCUUCUGCGAUUGCAGUGUCAUUGAGUAGGAGAGAGGUUAGCCGCGAGAUGUCAGAUUCUAAGCUGGGAUGCUCCGUGGUGCUGCCAUUGGGCGUUGGGUUGCUGUCUGCUGCAGUAUUGGACUCGGAAGACAUGAACGUAUACGGACCGCGGAGACUCAAAAAACGUCUUCAGCUGGUGCUCAAUUCCUUUCCAAAACACCCUUACCACCAAGCUACGCUUGACGGACUGGUUACAAAGCAAAUAGAGAAACAUAGCAAAGAUACCUCGGCUGAGAAUCUCAAAAGCUUAUGGGAAUAUCUGCUUAGGAAUGAGGUAUUCACUCUAGCGGCUACAGAGGGAAGCGCUCUAAGGCAGGAAGAAACGACAUAUUACGAUGACCUCAAAGACAGACUGGAUCUCGUCCUGACAUUCACCGAACACGAUGCCUCUGAAGCGACGUUUCCUUUCACUGUGCUCCAAGAUCUACUCGAAACGCAGACCAUAGCUUCAUGCUCUCACGUAUUCUCGUGGAUCGAGGCUCGUGCCGCUCGCCUUACCAAAGGGAUGGUACCUCAGAAAGGCAAGGCCCUUAUCCUCCUUCGCACAUUAAACGACUUGUUGCGCCGACUAUCGAAGAUGGGGAACACGACUCUGUUUUGUGGUCGCAUACUUACGUUCUUAAGUGGCGUGUUUCCACUGGGCGAACGCAGUGGUGUGAAUUUGAGAGGAGAAUAUGGGCCUAUGUGGGAGGGAGUAAAGGAGGUUGAGACCAAGGUAGAAAUUGCAGAGCCACCAAAGACCCCUGAGGAUAAAAUGGAAGUGGAUGACAGCAAAGAGGGAGGCGAAGACAAAACGGGUGCAGUAGACUGCGUCAAGGAUAAGAGCAGUAGUGAAUUCUAUACGACAUUCUGGUCCCUUCAACUUCCUUUUUCGAGGCCACCUCUUUUCGCUACGCCUACCACGUUUCCAGAUUUCAAGGAGGCGGUUAACAAGGUUCUACCUGUUAUAAAAGAAGCAACGACGAAGGAUCGCGCUUUGAUGGGCAGUAGGUCCGCUACUGGCUCAUCUAGUUCUUUGAAAAGAAAGAGAGAGGUAGAACUGGGCGAGGAAGCUAGCAGUAAUGAAUAUUUCUUUGCUAAAUUCCUAACAAGUCCAGAUCUCCUUGAUUUGGAGGUUGCUGACACCCAUUUCCGUCGCCAAUUUCUCUUCCAGCUAUUAAUCCUCCUGAACCACCUCUUAUCCUUUACCAAGGCGGCCAAAGCAACAUGGCUGACGUCUCGGAAUAGGUCACUGCAGAUGGAAUUUACUCUUGAAACUGCUGAAGUUCAGUGGGUACAAGAAACCAUUGCAAAAGCUUCCGCAGAACUACGAUCAACCGCUCCCAAUGGGCCAGUUUUUUCUGAUACGGUGAAUGUCAUUUUGGAACGAGAGAAGAACUGGGUUAAGUGGAAAAAUGAUCUUUGUGCACCCUUUGAUCGGGAACCAUGGGGGACAGAAGUUGACGGGAAGAAAGUGGGGCUUGAGGAGGCCACGAAAGAGAUGCGGGUUAAAAGACGGGAAGAACCAGAGGAAUGGCAAUGGAGUCUUGGCUCACAACCUUUAACAGAAAUCUGGGAAAUGGGCUACAGAGACCUGAAUGAUUUGCAAAAUCCUUUCCAGUUCAGUCUUUUAAAGUCUGGCGACGUCAAAGACUUUGUAAAGAAGGUGAAGCAAGAAGACGCUCGCAUAGAGAUACGUAAGAAAGCUCUCGCCAAAACUGCAGAACGUCUUGCACAGGCUCGUGCAAAGAUGGCUGCAGCAGUCCCCAAAGAGUCUGCGGUGCCAGAUACUUUAUCCCAGGAUACUCCUGUUACUCCUGCCCCAACGACUGCUGAAUCAGUGAAGAUUGAGCCAUUUCUUCCCGCACCUCGUCCGCUUUCCUCUAUUACCAGUUCGCCACUACAUCCUUCUCUUCCUGCGAAGCCUGGUACUUCCCCAUCUAAACUAGCGGUGGCACCUGAAAUAAGUUUAGGUGCUGCUGUCCUUGCUCCCGUUUCGACUCCAGUGCCUGUUUCUACACCAGCCCAAACCUCUGCUCCAUUGCCUAGUGUUGCUCCUCCAGAACCUAGCGAUGAUCAGAUAAAUGGCUAUGAAGAGAAUAAACAGCGGUGGUCGUGGCUUGCGCUUAGGACUGCCCGUGACCAACAUCUGCAACAUUUUGGGAAAAUUGGUACAGGAGAUGUCGAGUUACUUGCUCAGGAAAUCGAAGCCGAAAAGGAACGAGAAAAAGAACGGGAGAAGGAGAGGGAGAGAGAAAAAGAACGAGAGAAGACCGUGAAAGUCGAUGAUGCGGCUCCAUCUACCGAUGUAACCAUGGGUGGUACUAGCGAGGAUUCAAGUCAAGGUGGAGUCGGUGCCGCUACGUCGACCGGGGAAGUUGCGCCAGGGAAUGAGGGUGGCUCUGAGGGCUCGAAAGACAGCCAGGAUGUAGAGGGCGACGUCAAGAUGGAAGAUCGAUCGGCCAUGGCUUCCCGUGCGCUCUCUUUUCAUCCCGCAUGUCCACAUGUAAAUGUAAACGUGCGCCUGAUACUGGAAGACUCCGUGUUCUCGUUACAGGAGGAGCUGGUUACAUUGGUAAUCUAUAAUCAUCACUCUUUAUCUCUGGCUUGUUUGGCUGACUGCACCGCUAAUCCACCACAAGGCUCACACGUUGUCUAUGCCUUGCAGCAAACGAGACGUUAUAAGGUUAUCUCGAUAGAUAACAGCCACAAUUCCUACCCCGCUUCUCUUACCCGUGUAGCCAAGAUCGCACAGGAUGCGCUCCCCGAGAACGCGAGCGACGCCGACAAGGAGAGCGCGGUGAUUGAUUCCAUCCAGUGUGAUUUGACUAGCACAGAUCAGAUCAGAGCUGUCUUCGAGCGGUACGGCAAAGGAGGCAUCUGGGGCGUUGUUCACAUCGCUGCGUACAAAGCUGUGGGCGAAUCUGUGGAGAUCCCACUUACCUACUACACCAACAAUGUCUGCGCGACCGUCUCGCUCUUGCAGAUCAUGUCAGAAUAUGAUUGUACCCGGAUAGUAUACUCUUCUUCUGCAACCGUUUACGGUACCCCGCCUGUUAUCCCCAUCCCCGAGACAACACGCUUGAAAGCAGACAGCCCGUAUGGAAAGACCAAGGUCAUGUCUGAAACGGUCAUUGAUGACUUGUGUCACGCUGAACCCCAGCGCUGGCGCGGUAUCUCUCUUCGUUACUUCAACCCUGCCGGUGCUCACCCGUCUGGUCUCAUCGGCGAGGACCCCCGUGGUCGACCGGGGAAUCUUCUGCCCUUACUCGCUCACAUGGCUAUUGGACGCGUUAAAGACUCUACUUUGAAGGUUUUCGGAAACGAUUACCCCACACCGGACGGCACAUGUGUCCGAGACUACCUCCACGUCCUCGAUCUCGCCUCGGGGCAUCUUCUCGCGUUGGACGCUCUGGCACCCGAAUCCACCAUCUUCGACAACUGCCCCGAUGAUGCGCGCUACAAGGCAUACAAUCUCGGAAAAGGUCGGGGUAUGAGCGUUCUCCAAAUCGUGGAGGCCAUGCGCAAAGCCACCGGGUUCGAUUUCAAGUACGAAAUUAUCGGAAGACGGCGUGGCGAUGUUCCUGACCUCACCGCUAAUCCCUCCCUUGCUGAAAAGGAGCUGGGAUUCAAAGCACCUCAGCCUUUAGAGGUCAUGUGUAGAGAUUUGUGGAACUGGCAGACCAAAAAUCCCUUGGGUUACAACACCAAACAGUAACUCCUUCAAGUUGGGAAUUAUUAUAUAUACCAAUGAUGGACAUGAGUAUUUACUAGAUGUGAUGUGAUUGAUGUUCUGUACUUUUCUCUGUUUUCCGUACUUACCAGGGCGCGGUGAUAUUCUCUUCACGUUCGAACCGAUUUGUCUUUCCAACAAGACUAAAUCUCUAUUCGCGAAUGUAUAUCAAAAUUAUAUUGACGAGGGAAGGACGGAUUAUAAUCUCAAGACAGCACAUUCCAUAUAUCAAACGGAAUACAAAAAUGAUGCAGAUCACUCGUUCUCAGAAAUUCGGUUCUCUCCUUGAGCAUCUCCUCUCUUAACUUCUCUGCCUCUCUCAAACUCCGCACUCCAUCUACUUUAUCAACAAUUCGAUCGACCAACUCUACAGGGAUCCGGGGAUCCACCCAACUGUGCAUAGCUGAUCUCAUCCAAUCAUCCUGCUGAGGCGGGACGCUUGAUGUUGAUAUAAUAGGCUGGAUAUCAGGGUCAACGAGGUACAGCGCAACAACACGUUGGUGUCCUUCCUUAGUGGGGUCUAAAAGUGUGAACGGUGUAUGUCUGUGCUGAUAGAUAUUCGGAAACGCUAUGCAAAAUCCCGUCUGCGUACUAACACUCCCGAUUCGUUGGUGGCACGGGUCACCAUCUAGGAAUCCCCAGGUCCGCAC